UAGUGCGUGCGUAAAUACAUGUGAGAAAUUCAUUUCUAAAUCUGCCGGUAAUGUUGCAAAUGACACGAAAAAGGUAAUGGGAUUUCGAGACCCUAUAAAAAUGGGUCGAAAAAAUACAUUGGGUGAACGAUCUACUCGUAUACCUCGUCUCUGACGAAUCGAUGAGAAUCAAAACUAACCUAACGAUGAAGCACUAUAUUCGUGAUAACCUAUGCAAGGCGGAUCGCAGCCAAUUUGUUAAUAUUGUUUAGUUUUUAAUUAAUAAUUGCAUUACCCGGCUAAGAGCGAUACGAUUAUUAAUUAAACGGUAAAUAAUAACGGGUAGAUUUCCACGAGGUGGUCCGAAAUUACUUCGGGCAGCUUCGGAUAAUCGAGAAAGAGGGCAUGCGUUAGUAUGUAGUGUGAGUAGUACGCGCGGUGCUCAAUCUGACAUCUCUGAAGGAAAGUAGGAAACCACGAUUGUUGGCUUCUCAAGCCGCGAAUUCGUCAUCACUGAUCUCCCUGGCCUAAGGCAAUAGCAUGGUAGCAUAUGACAUACGUUCCUCGUACAAGUACUUAUUUAACUGUAUUUAUAAAUUGAACAAAAUAAAAAAUAACGAAAAAUGACGGCAGAGAGAGUAGAAAUUGACGCGGUAACAUUAAACGGAACAACGGAUGAGGACGUUGUAACGCCCUGGGACGUUACAUCUACAAACGAAACUGGAAUUGAUUACGAUAAACUGAUUAGGAAAUUCGGGAGUUCAAAAAUCGAUGAAGAACUAUUAUCCAGGUUUGAGAAAAUCACUGGCCAAAAACCUCACCAUUUCCUUAGAAGAGGAAUAUUUUUUUCUCAUCGAGACAUGCAUACUAUUUUAAAUUUGUACGAACAAGGAAAACCUUUUUACCUUUACACUGGUAGAGGACCUAGUUCAGAUUCCAUGCACUUGGGCCAUCUUAUACCAUUUAUGUUUUGUAAAUGGUUACAGGAUGUAUUUCAAGUUCCGUUAGUCGUACAAUUGACCGACGAUGAAAAAGCAAUAUGGAAAAAUAUAAAGAUAGAAGAUGCGAUCAAGCUGGCCUAUAAUAAUGCAAAAGACAUUAUUGCUCUUGGUUUCAAGCCAGACAAAACUUUCAUCUUCUCCAAUUUAGAACAUAUUGGAAAUAAUCCUGCAUUCUAUCAAAAUAUAAUUAGGAUACAAAGAUGCGUUACGUUCAACCAAGUGAAAGGCAUAUUUGGAUUUGGAGAUAGCGAUCCGAUUGGAAAAAUUGCAUUUCCACCUACUCAAGCUGCACCAGCAAUUUCUGGGACUUUUCCUUUUAUUUUUAAGAAUGCAAAAGUUCAUUGUUUGAUUCCAUGUGCCAUUGAUCAAGAUCCUUAUUUUCGAAUGACAAGGGAUGUUUCGCCAAAGAUUGGCUACCCAAAACCAGCUUUACUACAUUCUGUAUUCUUCCCAGCCUUGCAGGGCUCUAAAACAAAAAUGUCUGCUAGCAAUGACAACACUGCAAUAUUCUUGACAGAUACAGCCAAGCAAAUAAAAAAUAAAGUUAACAAACAUGCGUUCUCAGGAGGGCAGGCCACUGUCGAAUUACAUAGGCAACUAGGAGGCAAUUGUGAAAUUGAUAUAUCGUAUCAAUGGUUAAGAUUCUUUCUAGAAGAUGAUGAAAAAUUAGAACAACUUAGAAAAGGUUAUACUAGUGGAGAAAUUUUAACAGGAGAACUUAAAAAAGAAUUGAUAGAUAUUUUGCAACCUCUGGUAGCUGCGCAUCAAGCAACUAGAAGUAAACUAACAGACGACACAGUCAGAGAGUAUAUGAUUCCUAGGGAUCUUGGUUUUACAACAAAAGUAAAAUAGUUGCACAAAAAUUACUCUUUAUGUAUAUAAAGCACAUUUCCACAAAAACUCCCUUUUCAUGAGUUUAUUUA